GACGCCCAUUCCGCUUCCGAGCACCGCAUCGCAUAGAACUGAGCUGGAGUUUUCACACUGGGGCAUUUUGGGAGGCUACAAGAUACGCGCAAAGGAUAAAACAACGCCGGCGCAUUGCUGGAAUAGGCGCACAUCCCCAAAGUCGCAAAAAGCACGUACACUCGCGACGGGAUACUCAGUCCCAAAACGGGAAGGAGCCUCAGUAAACAGUCAGCUCUGUGCCCUAUAGGGACCAUCCGGAAUCCACAGCGGAGUCAGCAACGAGCACGUCAAUCUUCUCCUAGAAGCCCGCGAGCUUUCUCUUCCUCUUUCCAACAUCGAGAAAUUUUCACGAAUUGCCGCGUGAAAGUUGCUCUCUCUGCACCAGUGUUCGCCUCCGGGCCCCCUCCGCGCACCCACAGCCCACUGCGGCACCAAGACAGCAAGAGAAACGAGUCGGGCCAGCUCCGCAAGAAUGGAGGUGCCGUCGACACCACCACGGCGCGGUCGUCAUGCGGUGAGCCGCGCGCCACCUGCCCCGCUGCAUGGGGCUGCAUAUAACGAUAUGCACCCCAUGACGCGCCGCUCCCCGCGCUCGCCAGCGGCAAGCGUUUGUGCCAGCGACGCGUUGACCACGCCGGCAGCAUCGCCACUGCCACCGACCCAGCCACAAUCGCGCCGGGAGAACGGUGACAAUACUUCCUCUUCCACCGCCAUGUUGCCGACACCCUUAGAGACGCCAUCAAAAUCUUCGGCACACAAGCGCCAGCGAGCAGCCAGCAUGCAGCAAUCUGCCAGAAUUCUGAGAUUCCAGCCCGAGAAUCCGAAUGACGUGAUGCCGUCUCCACGUGAAACGCGCAGAAUGAAAGCAACUUCCAACAACAACAUGCAUGACAGCGGUCUUGACAUGGGCAGCACCAAGAAGAAAGCCAAGAACGAAGUGGCCAUCUACACGGAACCAUCUGCACGCGUACCAGAAGAAGAUCCAACAUCCGACAACGUCUUCUUCGCGGCCUCGCCGACGCGCUCGCCUCCACGAGGUCGCACACCAACUGUCACCACCGACGCAGAGCGCAUUGCGCAAUGGAAUUCCUCGCCCAGCCCACCACGACCGAAGAAGACCAGGGAGCAGAUUCUUGAAGAUGACCGUCUGCAAGCAGCCGUUGACCGCGGCGAAGGUGUCUUCUACAACUUCCGUGGCAAGAAAGUAUUUCGCAAGUUCGAAGGCGAGGAUUUCACUGCCGACCCUGGCGCCUCUUCACGUGCACAGCGACAGCUCAAGCGUGCCGCCGGACACUCUGCGUCACGUCCAUUCACCCGGAGCGACAUCCAGCCCCGCUUGCUCUGGAAGCCGCAGACUGUCGCACGUUCACCGGCCAGUCAGACAAGCUACAGUGACGAAGAAGCUGAAACUGAUGUGGAUAUACCCAAUGAUCAUGCCGACGUCCUCGAUUCGCAACAGCAUGACUCUGGCGUCUCAUUCACCGCUCCUGCUGCAAAUGCGACUCCGGUCAAAAAGGCCAAGUCCUCAAACAAGCCAAUGAUGAGUCCGCCGACCACGAGUCGCACGACCAGACAGAAACAACACCGAAAUGUGCCAAGCUUCGAAGACACACUUGAAGACGACGAAGAAGUCGCAGCUGACUCCGUCCUGCCUACCCCUCAACGCAGCUCGCGCAAGAAGCAGAUCUUCACCAAGGACUUACUGGUCGAUGCAGACAACACACUUGAGCAACUUGAUCACCUCACUCCUGCUCUUCGUCGCAGCAAGCGUGGCCCCCUUGAACUCACCCCCAUCGCCGAAAACAGCGAAGAGAGUACCCCAGCUGGUCCGCCGUCGCCAGCUCAGCUUGCCAAAGAGAAAAAGCGCAAGAAUGGUAGCCCAUUCGACCAGUGGCCACGCACUAAAGCCGGCGCUAAGCGUGGCAGCGCUGCUGCCAAUGCUUCUCCCGACGGCGCACCCGCCAAGCGAUCUCGAAGUGACACUCGCUCGAACGCAGGACAGGCCUAGGUGGCUUAUCAGCUUUCGGGCCUCCACUUGUAACGGCGACGACGAUGGAUGACUCCAGAAUGCUUGGCGCAUUGAUACAAGACACUAGAUGCAAUAUCGAAUGCCUAGAUACUUUGUCUCAUGGACAGGCGGCGCAUUUUCUGUCACAAUCCAGGCGGUUAUCACCACUGGAACAUUGGCGACUUGCACGACUUUUCAUCAUCAUGCGUUCUAUUCACACGCUUUGGCUGUACCGCUUCUGGACGGCUUGCAUUGUUGACGGGAGGUUGAGAUUAGACUUGCUGUUUGCUCUGGACAGACGUCCAUUUCGAGUGCACUACAGUUUAGGGCUUUCGGGCGCGACUUGCGUAUGGUAACUCAGGGUUACCUUGACUGGACUGGCGUUACCAUUGUGGAAAGAUAGAUGCGGGAUACCCCAGCAAUUUGAUUUCGCCGCCUAAGUAUGGCUGGCGCGGCGCAGGUCAGGUCUUAGACUGAGCGAGAACCUGUGCUGCUACUACUGAGAUACCUGCGCAGACGCGGUAAACGAG